GACCUGACAGAUCCCCUUCUGCCCCUUGUCCCCUUGUCCUUCUUGCACACAUUGAUCGUGGUGCAUUUUGUGUGUUUUGCACUGUGAUUGCAGCCUGUUUUGCAUGCUGAGUAUUCACGCCCCAUGGGAUUCCUGCUCUUUUCCAAAACAGCCAGAGGGGCAGAGAAGGACUGCUCUGUGGGGAGCUUGGGGAUGUGUCAAUAGCAGCCCUGUGUGCGAGGUGGUGUAAGGUUUGUGUAACUGCUACAGAAUGCCCCAGCAGCACAACUGUCAGCUGGACGUCCAGGUGGACUGGAGACACAAAGAAAAUGUCACUAGAUCUUCCCCCUCCUGAUUCUACAAAUGCCGCCAUUGAAAGUCCUCCAAAAGAACUAAGCCAGGAUUCGGUGUCUCUGGUAGAGUCUCAGAGUUCAUGGAGAUCCCGGGACUGGCUGAGAUUUGCUCCUGUCUGGAUGAUUGUGAUUGUGAUUGCCGCAGCUGGAAUGACAUGGUUCCUUUUAGAGGUGGAUUUCAAACCAGAACUCACAACCAAUAAAAUAUUUGCCUGCAACCUGCGAAUUGUGAGCCAUGAACUUACCCGGGACCUCAUGCACCCUGAGAGCAAUAUAUUCAAAAGGGAAGCCGCUCAGCUGAAUAAACUGGUUACUGCUCUUGUCUUGGCUUCAGAACUGGCUGCAUAUCACAACUCCAGCACAGUCUAUGCUUUUGGAGAGGGCAGCUUGAAGGUUUUCUUUUGGGUCAUCCUAGAUGUACCUAAUUCUCACAGCAAAGAUGUUACUGUGAACUCGGUGAAGGCAGCGCUGACUCGUGUCCUGCAAUCCAAGCGUAACCGCACAGGGACCUACAUAUAUGAUCAAUACCAUGUGGAUCCAAGCUCAGUGGAUAUAUUAGAGGGCACCAUACAGAACAAGCAGCUCUUCUCCUCCAGCACUGCCUGUUAUAGAUACAGCAAUGUUCGGGCUGGCCAAGAAAUCCGCUUAUCAGGGCCUGAUUAUACGUCUCCUACCUGUGUAUGGCAUAUCCAGGGUCCUCCGGGUCACUUGCUGCGACUGCGUCUCAAGUGGACACGUUCUGAUUGCAGGGAUCGUCUGGCCAUGUACGAUGCAGCCGCCCCACUUGACACUCACAUCAUCACUUCACACUACGGCUGCAGUCGUCAGGAGCCAGUGUCUGAAGUGCUGUCUUCUGGGAGCGUGAUGCUGGUUGUCUGGAAGCAGGGAAUGUACAAUUACUAUGAUCCAUUUAUGCUCACAGUGCUGCCUCUGCCUAUCACAAGUUGUGAAGAGAGCAUUGUGUUGAAGAAAGGAUUCCAUGUCCAGGGCCACCUGAGGACACCUUAUUAUCCCUUCUACUACCCACCAUAUCCAUAUUGCACCUGGAACAUAACGGUCCCCUCUCCAGAAUACGGGGUCGCUCUGAGGUUUGAAGGCUACAUGCUGACAGGACAAUACACAUAUGCCCCUUGCAUGCAAGGACAGUGGAUAAUCCAAAAUAGGAGGAUGUGUGGAGUGAGGGUGCUGAAACCUUACACUGAGAGGGUCGAAGGAGUAUCCAAUAAUUUCACAGUAAAUUUUACCUGCACCAGAUCACUAACCGGACCAGGGAUUCAAGUCGCUUACAACCUCUACAAUAAGACAGAUCCCUGUCCUGGGGAGUUCCUGUGCAUAGUCGAUGGUAUGUGUGUCCCAUUAUGUGAUGGGGUAAAGGACUGCCCCAAUGGGUUGGAUGAGAGAAACUGUGUAUGUCCUGCCCAGUACCAGUGCCCAGAAGGACAGUGUAUCCCAGCCAAACAGAUCUGUGAUGGCAAAAAGGACUGUAUAAAUGGUACCGAUGAAGAGCAGUGCCAUGAAGCUGUUUCUUGUGGAGCCUUCAACUACAGAUGUGCAGAUGGGAGCUGUGUGAAAAAGAAUAACCCAGAAUGUGACUCUGUUAAAGACUGUGCAGACGGCUCUGAUGAACAGAACUGCAGCUGUGGUGUACAGGCCCUAGAAAGUCGUAUUGUUGGAGGAACUCGGGCACAAGAAGGAGAAUGGCCAUGGCAGGCGAGUCUACAAGUUCAAGGAUCACAUAUUUGUGGAGGGAGCUUAGUGGCAGACAGAUGGGUCCUGACUGCAGCUCAUUGCUUUACUCAUGAUAGUCUCUCUACUCCAGAAGUUUGGACGGUGAUCUUGGGAAAGGUGCGCCUUAGCAGAAGUAGCCAGAAGGAGAUGGCAUUUAAAGUUACACAGCUGAUCCUCCACCCUUACCAUGAUCCGGACACACAUGACUACGACUUAGCCCUUGUCCAACUGGACCAUCCUGUUCCCCUUACGUCUGCACAUGUCCAACCCAUUUGUCUUCCUGCCAGUACCCACCAUUUUCCUACUGGCUCCACAUGUUGGUUGACAGGUUGGGGGGCAGCAAAUGAGUUUGGACCUAACAGUGAUGUUCUCCAGAAGACUGACCUUAGGUUAAUUUCUCAGGAUACUUGCUGUGACCUCUACCAUUAUCAGAUAUCUCCAAGAAUGUUCUGUGCAGGGUAUUCUGAUGGGACUAAAGAUGCAUGCCAGGGUGACUCUGGCAGUCCACUUGUAUGCAAAGAACCAGGGGGACGCUGGUUCCAGGCCGGACUGGUAAGCUGGGGAGCAGGCUGUGCCAUUCCGAAAUAUUUUGGAGUAUAUAGUCGCAUUACUAGACUUGUCGGGUGGAUCCACAAUGUAACAGCCCAAGCAAACAAAUAAUACUUCAUACCAAUGUUAACUUGAACUCAACGACUUCCACCCAAGGCUUUAUGUAAUACUGAAGACCAUCAAGGAGCAGGAAUCAGAAAAAAAUGCUACUAGACCCAGGAUAAUAGAAAAAUAAACAUCUAUGCAAUCAA